CGUCCAUCAUCCUUCUCCCGUUUGCAUUGGUCGCUUCCUGGUGUCAAACAGCCGUGAGCUCGGGAGGCGCAAUUUCAAGUGAGGGAGCUCGAGCGGCGGCGGUUGGGAGGGUGUCGGCGGCUGGUGAGAGAUCGGGGGUCCAUCCGGCACUUCUUCAUAUCUGGAAUUUGGAGCUCUGUUUCUGACAGACGCUUGCACCCCGGCAGUAAAUGUGAAGCAGCGAAGAUUAUCAGUAAAUUGUGGGUUGGGCUGGGUGGAGAGUUUGUCCCAAGCCGUCGACCUUCCCUUUGACAGCUCGAGCGUUGCCUCUCGCACCCCCCCCCCUCCCCCACGCUACUCCUUUUGGGGAGAAAGAAAUUAUGGUUAUAUAUGGAGAAUGAUGGUGCUGAUUUCCAGUCUUCCAUUCCAUGCCAUUCCACAGAAGAUAGUGAAAAUUGCAGAUGAAGAUUGAUGCCCAGUAACGAAUUGCUGUUUUUUUUGUCACAAACCAUUGUUUCAAACAAAAAUAAUAACUUUUUAAAACUUGAUUUCUCAAGAUGAGCUUUGGUUGAUGGUCCAUUUUAUGUGGAUUCUUGUCAUGCAAGUUGAGGAUGAUGGUGGGAAAAAUUACACAAAUUAUGAGCUGAUUUCAAUUGAAAAAUAAUGGCUACUCAAACAGAACUAUCAUCAAAAUUUUAUCAAGCAGGAAGACAAAACCUGACUGGAACAGUUAACACGACUAAAACUCAACGAGAUGAAAAAAAUCCCAACGAAAAUGCUAACAUGGUGCAGAAUGAAAUAUUUUCAUGGCCUGGCCCAAAGACUCUGCUGCUACAGAAGAACUCUCAAGGUUUUGGAUUUACGCUGAGGCACUUCAUUGUCUACCCUCCAGAGUCAACUUUGCAUCCGAGCUUUAAGGAUGAAGAAAAUGGAAAUGGAAAAGGUCAUCAGAAAAGUCGAACAGAACCUAUGGAUACCAUCUUUGUUAAAAGCGUAAAGGAAGGGGGAGCAGCAUAUCAUGCUGGUUUGUGUACAGGGGAUCGUAUUGUGAAGGUGAAUGCAGAAAGUGUAAUUGGCAAAACAUAUUCUCAAGUAAUAUCCCUAAUUCAGAACAGUGAGGAUGUAUUGGAACUUUCAGUUAUGCCCAAAGAUGAAGACAUUUUGCAGGUGGCCUACUCACAAGAUGCUUAUCUGAAAGGCAAUGAUCCAUAUUCUGGUAGCGCUCAGCACAUACCAGAGCCACCACCUAUAUGUUAUCCUCGACAUUUGGCCAUGACCCAAACUGCAGAGCCUUUAUGGACAGAGUCUUCGCGAAGCCGACAGGUGGACAAUGCAAUUUACAACACUGGCUCAGGUUCUGAUAGGGGCUUCUACUCCAACCCAUCCUCACCUCCUGAUAGUGUUACCACAACUAGUAGUAUAUGGUGUGAAAGACGGGCAAAAGCACGAUCGUCAGAUAUUUUGGCUGAGAUUGGAGUAGCUCAUUCAAGUCAUAUGCACCAUGUGGAGGAGUUACAGUAUGGGAUGAAACAGAGAUCAGUAGGAGUGAGUGGUGUACCUAUUUCCUCCUCUUCAAAUGCUGCCCAUGGUAGCUCUGUUACACAGGGCCCAAUGAGCAGUAAAUAUGGUUCCAGUAUGAUUGCGGUGCAAGAUAGAUAUGGGGGACAUCUCAAAAAUAUUCCUCUUUCAUCAGUUUCAAACCACAGCAUUUAUUCCAUUCCAAAGAAUAACAUAGAUCAGAGGAGUCGCAUCAGUUCUGAGGGCAAAAUGAAAAAUGACUGUUUUCAUUCUGACAUUAGGAAGUCAUGGGAACGACUUGGCAGCCCAAAAACAACCAAUCAACAAUACAACCUGCCCAGUUGGCGAUCAGCACAAUUACCACGUCGAAGCUCCUCCGAAGAUCGCUGCUACUCUGCUAUGCCUCCAAAAUACAGAAGUUUCUCCCAGGAUAGACUUGAGGAGACUUCAUUGCACAAACAUUGGCUUCACAGUGCUUCCCAGGACACUUUACUUUCCCCCAUGAAUGAAUCAUGGAGUUUGCGGUCUCGAUCAGAAGAUUAUUUGGGAAAAUGUGACAGAUCUUUAGAUAAUUUGACUUGUGAUGCCUUUACAGCAGCUGGGGAUAGGUUGUUAUGGACGCAUUCAAGGACUGGAACAACAAAUGAUGGGAUUUCUAGGUCUGGUAGACAAGAACAAAUCUUUUCGCAACAAUAUAGACCAGCAGGGCAUUCAUCAGGAAAUGCUGCAAUGCAUGGCCAGAAGAUUUUAUCCCAACAGACCUCUAGCAAAACGAAUGCAUAUUACAAUGAUAGGAACUCUAGAGUGACUAUUCCUCCUCAACAACAAUGCAAGAACUCAAGUGGUAAUGCUCAAUCUGUAAAGAGGACAGACGUGCUUGUAGAUUAUCUGCCUGUCAGUAUUUCUCAAAACAAAACAUCUCAGCUUUUAAAUAGGGCAGCAUUUGGUUCAGCUGUGACUGCUCAUGCAACUAAGACUGACCGUUGUGCACCCUGUCAAGUACAGAGAAUUGAUGUUCCUGUGUUUCAUGACCAAAGAUUGACCAAUCAUGAUCGGCAGGAUGGUCUGUAUCCAAAAUCAUCAAACAAGCAUUCAAACAAGGGUGCAGCGCUUCAACAUGCGAUCCAACCAUUUACUGUUACAAAGCCAGGAACAUCGCAAAUCUCUGUAUGUGUCAGUGAUAUUCCUCAGGGAAUUGUACAGAAGGAACAGGAAACAUCACAAACUAACGAAACUGUAAUUUUAAGGCAAAAACCUCCAACGGGCCGUAGGAUACCACAUCCUGUCAGGCACCCAGCGUACAUAGUAGCUGUGGAUUUACCAGAACUGCCACCUGCAAAUUUGAUGCCAGCUGACAAAUCUGAAAAUGCAUCUUUGGAGCAGACAAAUGGAAAGCUGGUAAGAAGAGUUGCAAAGUCGUCAGAAGAUUCCUUGGCCUCAAUUCCAUACAUAGAUGAGCCAACAAGCCCAAGUAUUGACCUGACAGCAGGUCAUAUCCCUGCUUCAUCUGUUGUUUCAAGUGGUCAGGAUUUUGCUCCAACAAUCAUCACUAGUCCUGCUUCUCCAACUUUCACCUUUCCUCCUGUUCACUCACGUCAUUUCUCUCAGGAUUGCAGCAACAUGAAAGCCAGUCGACGGUCGUCCUAUCUUCUUGCCAUAACAACAGAAAGGUCAAAGUCUUGCGAUGAAGGACUGAAUACGUAUCGGGAUGAAGGAAAAGUGUACUCGAAAUUGCCGAAAAGGGUUCCUAGUCUGAAGCUGCUGAGGAGCUUUUUCACGGAUGGGUCCUUAGAUAACUUGGAAGAUACUGAAAACAGGAGGUCUAAGCGACAUUCCACAUCAGAACUCUGUGACGUGACCUUCAGUGAUGUUAGAAACGAAGGAUGGUUGUAUUUUCGACAGCUUGUCACAGAGAAGGGAAAGAGAGUUGUGAGCAGCAUUCGUUCUUGGAAAAAGAUGUACGCAGUCCUGAGAUCACAUUCCCUAUACCUGUACAAGGAUAAAAGAGAUGCAAUGACUUAUGAUUGUGAGGAUGAACAGCCCAUUUGUAUUAAGGCCUGUUUGAUUGAUAUUUCAUACAGUGAGACUAAAAGGAAGAACGUUUUCAGGUUGACUACAUCUGAUUUCUAUGAAUAUCUAUUCCAAGCUGAAGAUCGAGACGAUAUGUUGAACUGGAUUAAAAUUAUCCAAGAGAAUAGUAAAACAGAGGGAGAAGACAUAAGUUCAAGACUGAUCGAAGUUAAAUUAAAGGAAUACAGAAACCAGAGCCCCGCAAAUAAUAAAUCUGAUUCUUCGCCAAAGGGAUCUCGUCAUCAUGUCAGUCGGCGUCCACGAUCUCCCAGGCAAGAUAAUGUGAACAAAGAUGAAAGUAGUCUUUCGAAGGACAAGAGUUCUUGGUUGAACAUAAUGAAGAAAGCCAAGAAAACAGUUUCAGGAGCAGCUUUUGGUGUUCGAUUAGAAGAGUGUCAACCUGGUAUAAAUAACAAGUUUAUACCACUGAUAGUGGAGGUAUGUUGCAAGUUGGUGGAGGAGAAAGGUUUGGAGUACACAGGGAUCUAUAGGGUACCAGGGAACAAUGCCAUGGUCUCCAGCCUACAAGAACAACUGAAUAAGGGAAUGACUGAUCUAAAUACCUCAGAAGAAAAAUGGCAAGACUUGAACGUGAUUAGUAGUUUGCUUAAACUGUUCUUCCGAAAGCUUCCUGAGCCUCUCUUCACAGAUGAUAAAUACAAUGAUUUCAUUGAAACCAACAGACUGGAGGAUGCGGCAGAAAGACUUCAAAGAUUUAAGAAACUGCUUCGAAAUUUACCGGAAAAUUAUUUUGAAACCCUGAAGUUCCUCACAGGACACCUGAAGACCGUAGCAGAUCACUCUGAAAAGAACAAGAUGGAACCACGGAAUUUAGCAUUGGUAUUUGGUCCUACGCUAGUCAGAACAUCUGAAGACAAAAUGAUUGACAUGGUGACGCACAUGCAAGAUCGGUACAAAAUAAUUGAAACCUUAAUACAGCAUUAUGAUUGGUUUUUUAACGAAGACAGGGAUGUGGAUGAAAAGGCUCCAGUUGACUAUGUAGGUAAUACAGAAUUACAGCCAGUACCAAACAUAGACCACCUGCUGUCAAACAUUGGGAGAACUGGAGGAGCACCAGGGGAUAUCUCAGAUUCAACUACAAGUGAUUCAGCAAAGUCUAAGGGAUCAUGGGGAUCCAGAAAGGAUCUGUACAACAGGGAGUUGAUGAUGUCAAUCUUUGCAGCGGCCAACCGUAAGAGAAAAAAACAAAAAGAGGCAAAGGUGCUUGAAAGUAGCACAGAUGAUGAUUCAGAACAUGAACCUACUAAGGCUAUUAACAAGGAAGGAUCAGUAGACAAAACAGGAGCCGAUAGACAGAAAGAUGCAACUGAACAAAAGGAGAAACAGUUGGCAAAUACUAGGAACAGAAAUGUACAAAAAAUAUAUCAACCUAUUGCUAAUAAAGAACUUCAAAAAAUGUCAGGAGAAUCUGAUAAUUCCAAGCAGGACCACAUUCAAAGAUCCCAAUGGGAGAUUGUUGAUGAACCCUCUCUGAACUCUUCAUCUCCACAAUGUACACCAUCCUCUGUUGGCCUUCAAUGUUCAUUUAAGGAAGGAACUUCCCUCAAAUUAUUGGAUUCAGAAAGAAGAAACAGUACAGAUAAUCAGACAACCAUUACAAGUCCUCAGUCUCAUUGUAAUAGUGAAAUGUUUUCCAGAAAUUCCAAGCUGAAGAUGUGGCAGGUGGAGCACAGAGAGACAGUUCCCACUGAUGCUAGCUCUGUUGUUUCAGGAUAUUCGACGAUUUCGUCCACAGUAACAACCCUAGAUCACAACUUCAGUUCUGAGGUACAAUCGAUUGCUGAAAGCAGGGGUGAUGAAGCUGAUGAUGAAAGGAGUGAGCUUAUCAGUGAGUGCGGAGGUCCUAUCGAAACAGACAAUGAAAGUAUCUAUCUAAUACGGACUCUACCAGGCAAGAUCUCAUGCUCACAGCAGGAAAGAAGCAGGUUUUGUCGCCGUGAGUCAGACAGCAACACAAGCUCUGACAAAGAAGGGAUUCCAGUACACAAGCUCAACAGUAGACCGUCUUUUAAUUCUCGCAAAUUAAUUCAGUGUGAUACAUUGGCUAGAAAGAAGUUGACUAAGCCAAAAACAGAACAUGACUUUAAUGCAAAAAUCAGUGAAGACAAUGAGCCCCCAAUGGCUGACAAUUUGUUGGAUAAUUUGAAUUAUCCCAAUCCCACCAGCAAGCACAAUGUCCUUAAGUGUGAUCCUGACAAAAAUGAUGUAACCAAAACAUCAAAACGAGCACUGACUGAUCACACGAAACUGCGAUUGAAAACUUCAGCAGAUGAUAUGUUUGGGGUGGGGCUGAGAAAACAGAACUCUCCAGAGACCAGGAGAAAGAAGAACAUUAGGAGGAGACAUACAGUAGUGGUGCAGAAUGACUUAUCAGAAUUUCACUUUAGAGAAUGCAAGGAUAAACCACUGGAAAGCAAAGACAGUGGCCACAGGUUGGGCAAACUAUGCACCAUGCAUCAGUUUGAGCAAAAUGUUGAUUCAAAGGAAACUUCAGAUACUGGAGGAAAUAUACAACCAGUAGAUUUAGAAUCAAAAAAUUGUUUGUUUCACCAGACUGGUAGUUUAGAACCUCAACAACCAGGACCCAAUAAUAAGCAUUCAAAUAGCAAUAACAAUUCAGAAUGUCAGCACCCUACAUCACUGUCUUCCCCAUCAACAGGCUUGACAUCAGGCCAAGCUAGAGACAGUGACUCAAAUUCUGCCAAGUCUGAAACCGGCACGAAGGCUCAGAAAUAUGCACCCUCCUCUCGAUUCCAUCAGUACCUCUGAUUGAAAUUAGUUUGGGCUAAAACAUUCAGGAGCUAGGCCAAUUUACAGGUUUGUUCUUUUCCCCAAUUAACUAGUUUUAGAACAGAAGUGUUCUCCUUUAGAGAUAAGCUACACAAUAAAACCUAGUAUUCCAAGUUAAGAAUAACAGUAAUUACUGCUCUUUUACUGUCUUCCCUCACUCAAACAGUCUCCACGUUGUG